UUGGUGCCUCUAGUGUUGGUAGUUUAGUGAUAGCAGUUACCUCCUCCAACCUCGUCGUGCGCCCUCGCUGUGGCUGCGUCGCUCGGUUCGUUCUUCAUUCUUGCUUUCGCAUCGGUUAUCAGUGUCCUUCCUGCAUCCCGGCUUUUCCCUACGCGUGUGUGCCUCGCCUCGCCGCGGAGUGAACCGAAUAAUCGUGCCUUGUGCAGUGCAUUAACUGGAUCUAACUAGUGCCAUAAUAACCUCUAGUGCAAUGUAUGGAUUAUACCCGGCUGUCGUCUAGAACAAAGCGCAGAAUAGCGGCGGGAGGAUGAACGCGCCGUCGAUGGUGCAGUUCUCCGGAGACACGUUAGUCGUGCGCUCGGUCGUGAGCGGUGAGUCCCUCUUCGGGACGGGCGUCGGGACGGAGGAUCGGUCCAUGUCCCCCGUGGACGACGGCGAGCCGGACGGAGAAGGCGACGCGGACGCCGACGCAGAACCCGACCACGAGACAGAGAAGGACGACGAGAGCAACAAAGAGUUACCACAGUGCAAGAUCAAGCGCAACUACACGUGCACGCACUGCAACUACUACACCCAGAAUCCCCGCUUCUACCUCUUCCACCUGAAGAAUGUACACAAGGAGAAGAUCAAGAUUUACGAGUGCCCCAAUUGCCUUUACGCCUCGAAGCAUAGCCAGAAGCUCCAGCGACACGUGCACAUGGUCCACGUCAUGGGGGCCGGUCGAAAGAAGAUCGCCAAGAAGGUGUCGCCGCGACGGCAAGCACCCAUCACCCUCGUGACGAGCCCCUACGUGGAGGAAGAGAAGAAGCCGAUGGCAGUCGAGGAGGGCGAACCGGAAGAGGAGCCCGGUGAGAAGAUGGAGACGGAAGUGACAGUCGACGGCGAGAAGUUGUUCAAGUGCUCGCUCUGCUCCUUCUCCAGCCGGAGCCAGAUCCUGGUGACCCGGCACGAGAAGAUCGUGCACCUGAAGAAGAAAUUCUUCCGGUGCGUCAAGUGCAACUACGUGACGCACAUGAAGGCCCGCUUCACGAAGCACGUCAAGUACCACUCGAUGCCGAUGAUCAAGUGCGAGCUCUGCGAUUUCCGCACCCCGUACAAAUGGAACCUGGACCGGCACAUGAAGAACCACCAGGGCGACGGGGCCUUCAAGUGCUGGCUGUGCAACUUCACGGCCGACAUCAAGCAGAGCCUGACCGUGCACGAGAUGAACCACCAUGAGCCGCCGGCCGGGCAGGUCGGCUGCAUGAAGCAGAGGCGCAACCGGGUCGGCGCCUCCGACACCAUGCCCGCCCUCAACGAGCCCGUCACCGAGGUCGACGAGAUCGAGCUCCUCCGCAUGGAGAGGGAAGGCCAAGAGGAUUCAAAGGACCCAAAACCAUUCGACGCAACCAGAAGAUCUCAACUCGAUAACCGUACUGAAAACCUUAAUGGUAGACUGAUAAACCUUAGUGAGCGUAGCAAUAGUAACCUGAAUAACAACUGUAUUGUAAAUAACUUCAACGAUAGUAGUAAGGAACUCGCGGUGAGGAGGCCCGGGGAGUCGAAAGUCGGCUUUCCAGGCUCGGAAACGGUAGUUACCAAGGGGGACAACUCGCCAAAAUUCCUGUGUCGCGCUUGUCCCUUCUCCACCUCAUGGGAGGCCGAGAUAAUCAAACACGAGCAGUCGAUGCACUCGGAGGGUGCCAAGAAGAAAGCACCACCCAGACCCAUCCCGAACCUCAUCCCCAUCCAAAAUAAACCCGCCGUUGGCUCCAGCCUCACGGUCCUCAAGAUCCCUUCGGUCCAGAGCGCCAACACUUCUCCCCAUAAUGCCUCGUCGACGAAAGGUAGCCGAGAAACCACACCUAAGAGAUCAGAAUCCGCCUUCAUGCUGGACCAAGACCUGAAUAAUUUCUGCGCCCAAUCGACAAGCGCCCUCAAGGACUUCGCAUCCUUGUUCCACGAGGUUGACGCCAAGGACCCAGAAGCGCAAACUCCGCGCAAGACGACGCUCGACAGUCCAUUCAAAACGGGAUCCAAAGAGGUCUCCAAGAAAGGAGGUAUGUCGUUCUUCGACACGUUGAAGGAGAAACUUAUGGUCGACGCAGGUGGAGACAGCAUGAUCUGUCAGUUCUGCGGCCACGAGUCCAAAUGUCUGUCGGAGCUGGUGCGGCACCAGAAGCUCCACAAGAACUGCCAGGAGCAGAACGACAACAGCUCGACGAGCAGCACGCUGUCGGUGCCGAACGGGAACGAGCUGUUCUCGACGAGGUGUCAGCACUGUCGGCAAAGGUGCAAGACCAGCUUGGAUCUCAUUCAGCACCUCAAGUCCUGCACGGAGGCCCGAAAGAAGCUCCUCGACGAGAAAGAGGACGAAGAGCCCGAGGGCGAGGAGGAAGGGAAGUUGGACGAGAUGGACAUGGACGACGACCCCUCCGAGAAGGCGGAGUCCACGUCGGACGAGCCGCAUCCGAUGGAGAACAAGGUCUUCGUCUGGAAUCGACCGGAGCCGCAGGUCCCAGAAGAGGCCAGUCAACAGGAACCGAUCCCUGAGGAGGGCGAUCUCGGAGACUUCGACGACGAGGGUCCUGAGGGUGAAGAGGAGGAAGAUGAAGACAUCCCGGAAGGAGACUGUGAUGGUGAAGCUGAAGGAGAGGGCGAGGAGGGAGGAGAAGAAGGAGACGAGCCGCGUGAUGGUGAGGGAAAUGUUCAAGACGUUGGGGUGGAAACCGCCCCUGGAAUCGGCUCCGUCACCUACAAGUCCAAAUCUGGCUGCCACGGCUUGAGUGUUCCUGCGCAAGAUGCCGAUAUCAGCCCCAACGCCGAGCUCAACAUCAAGAGGGCAUACAAGUGUCCUCACUGUACAUUCUGGGCAGCAACAGCUUCAAGAUUCCAUGUACAUAUCGUAGGUCAUCUGAAUAAGAAGCCAUUUGAGUGUUCACUAUGCUCCUACAGAUCAAACUGGAGAUGGGACAUCACCAAGCACAUUCGUCUAAAAACUGCUCGUGACCCGAACCAUGUCAAGGCUAGAGUUUUGAUGACUGAUGAAACAGGACGACGAAAUUACUCCAAAUAUAACAGAUACCUCACAUUGAUCCGUGUUCAUGAGCCAUCAGCUGAAAGCAGUGGAACAGGGCGGAGAACGAAAGCCAUACCUAGUGGAGGUGCUAACUCUCAGUCACCGAAACCUUCGUCAAAUGCUGUACCUAGUUCCCAGCAAACAGCUCGUAAAUCAGCUGUGCCUGCUGCAGCUGUUAAACGGCCGCCAAGCGCAGAGCCAUCUGAUUCAGAACCGCCAAAGAAGAAAUCUAGUCCAGAAAACAAGAAAACAAUGUGGAAGUGUAAAAAAUGCUUAUUCAGGGACAGUGAUCGCACUGUCGUACUAGCCCAUGUCAAGGAACACUAUAAACAAGCUGAAGUGGAGCGAAAUGUUAAGACUUCUAAUGCUUCUCAAUCAACUGCCCGGAAAACAGCUGUACCUUCUCACCAAGAGAACAAUUUUUCUCCUAAUAAAAUGGCAAAUCAAGAACCAAAGCCACCUGAAAUUACAAUUUCAAGAAAAGAAAACAGUAAAAUUGCAAAUGACUCACCCGAAAAUAUCUCCAAAAGUGGUCAAUGGGCCUGUCGAGUCUGCUCAUUUUCUUGCAGCUCUGAAGCAGAAAUUGUAGCUCACACAGCAACACACAAAAAGAAUCCAAAUGCAACAAUCAAAUGCUACUUCUGUCCUUUCUAUGUUGUCACUGAAGAUGAAUUAAUGGACCAUUUGCAGCAAGCACACAGCAAUGAGUGUGAAACUAACAGUCAGUUCAACGAUUCCUCGCCAAGGAGUAUGGACGAAGAGGAGGAUUCGCCGAAUCAUGAAACCUACUCAUCACUCAUCACAAAGCGUUAUAAAUGUGCCAACUGCCCAUAUGUGUCGAAUAGCAAGAGCCAGUUCCUGUAUCAUAGACAGUUCCAUCGACCUCGUGGAGCCUCCUUCAAGUGCAACAUUUGUUCUUACAAUGUCACCCGAAGACACUUACUUCAUCAACACUUGCGAGUUCAUGGAAUAAGUGUUUCUGAAUCAGCCUACGGGAAAAAUCUUCCUUAUGAGGAGUAUGAAGAGGUACUUGAAUCUCCAGGAGACAUAAGCAAAACUGAUACAUCAUUAUUUAAUGAAAUCCCACUAGUUUGGGUCUCUAAACUAGGAACCUUAACAAAAAUGUUCAAAUGUCGACAUUGCCCUCAUGUUAAUAUUAGAAAAUCUAAUAUUCAGGAGCAUGAAAAAAUGCACGGAGCUAGAGAAUUGAAGGUAAAAGAAAAUGGGUCACCCUCAGUUCCUCUACAGUCACACCACUGCACCGAGUGCAACUAUGUUUGCAAUAAUGCUGGUGUUCUAUCCUCUCAUACGAAGGUGCACCAAGGUCUCUUCGGUCAAGUUUGUGCCUUGGUCGACACGACCAAGAGUGAUGACGUCCAAAUUAGAGAAAUCAACAAGAUGCUCAAUCAAGAUCUGUUGAAUCCUAACUCUGAUAAGUUACAGCUACCAAAUGGUUUAAUUAGCAAUUUUAGUCGGCAGAGUAGCCAUAAUAGUGAAGAUAGGUCGAAUAAGAUUGAGAGCUCUAUAGACCUAACUGGUGAUAAUAGCGAAGAGGCUAAGCCAGAGCUUGAAGCAGAUGGGAAAAUGUUACAUUUCUGCUCCUUGUGUCCUGCAAGGUUUUUGUAUGUCAAAGAACUUGAAAUUCAUUCAAGAUUCCACGCCUUGAAACUUUCUCAUCAGUGUGAAUCUUGUUCGUACACUGCUCGGCAGCAUCCUCAUUUACUUGCUCAUUACAAAGUGCACACGGACGAUUAUCAAGAGCGGACCAGUGCCUUUUGCGCAACUUACGGAAUUUCUCCUCAUCAUCCUCGGCCUAGAACAGCUGUCAUUCUGGAUGGCACUUCUAAUGCUAGUUAUGCCUGGGUUGUUGUCAACGCCUCAAACAAGAGUAUUAUAAUGGAUGGAAGUUACGAUCAAGCUUCAGGAGAAGCCAAUAAUCAAAAAUUGAAAGCUCAGAGUCCCAAGCAAUUUAAAGGACUCCAAAAGCAUUAUUCUUGUGAGAAAUGCCCGGCAAAGUUUUUCAAAAGUGUCGCAUUGCAGUAUCAUAACACUUUACAUGGCAGUGGGAGUCCACAUAAAUGUCGAAGCUGUGAUUAUGCUGUCAAAACCUAUGGAAAUCUCAUCAAACAUGAAGCCAUUCACAAUCUGGAACCUAGAGAAAAGUAUUCUAACAAGUAUGGCAAAUUCUUCAGUAAACCUUCCAGUAACCAUAUCCCAAUGUCAGGCACGGACUUGUUUAAACAGAAAAGUGAAGCAUCACAAAAAGGGAACAUGAAUGGAGAUUCAGCAAGUACGUGUAGUUCGCCUCCUGCUCAAUUUAUCGACCCAGAGUUUGGAAUAUUGAUGCAUGGCAGUCCUGAAUUCACUUAUCCAACGUACUUGAAAAAUGGUCGCAUGCGAGAAAAGCGCUACAAAUGUCAUAAGUGUCCUUCAGCAUUCGACAAACGAGAGCAGUACAAAAUCCACUUGAGCCUUCAUGGCGCAAAACAAAGGUAUAGAUGCGAGAGAUGCGACUAUUCUGUCAAGUAUUAUGCAAAUUACUUGCAGCACAUGAAGAAACAUGAUCUAAGUGAUACCAGCCGGAACUCAGAAAGGACCCUGGAUAAGAGUGAUGCUGAGUAUAUUAGUGACAAUCUUUCAGAAAGUGCAGAAAUGCAAAGCGAUGAUGGCAAGGAUCAUAAAGUUCGAGCUGGUAAGACUCUAAAACUGAGCAUGGCCGAUCAGCAAGCUGUCAUGUUAAUGCAGCUCAAAGAAAAUAAUACAGCCAGCUCACCUCCUGAAACAGUGGCUCGUUGCCCAUACUGCCCUUACAGUAGUAUCCGUAAAGAUGGCGUAGGACAUCAUCUCAAUCGCCAUUCAAAUAUCAAGGGUGCAACGUACGCUUGCAAACACUGUGAUUACUCGGUACCUCAGACAAACUACAUGAAAGAACAUAACAAAUUGCACUUUCAGCAGAUGAAAGGCAUGAAGCCAGAUGCUUACAUGAAGUGCGAUCGCAUUGAACUCUGGGCACAGCCAGCGGACAACCCCAACUCCAAUGAUAAAGUCAUGAUAUUCCAAGAUAAGGGUGUGGCUAAUGGUUCAAAUCGAUUCCAUCCUGAGGUUAACGAAGAGUUAAGUGAAAAUCAGGAGUUGGAAAAAAUUUUUGUCAACAUCAACACUGGUGAAGAAGAAGCUGUGAAAGCAGUCAAUGAAAACUGCGACAAAGAGAAUGAUAAGAAACUAUGCAAUGGAGCUAGUAAAGAUAGUGUCAACUGCAAUGGUAGUUCAAUCAAAGAUGAUGCUAAAGUUGAGACGAAUCCCUCUGUAGGUAGCGAAAAGGACAGUAUUACUCCGGAUGUGUGUGCAUCGCCAAGUGAUGAUAACAACGACGAAUCAGAAGAGGAUUUCAAGGGCUAUCCUGUUAUCGGAGAAGAUUCAGAUGCAUCCAACGAUGCAAGCUCCAAGAGCCAAGCAGAUAAGUCCAUGAAUAUUCCUAUCCAUGAUUCUAGUCAUGAGAAUGCUCCCUCAACUGUUUAAAUUAUAUUGUUUCGUUGUUUAUUUUUAUAAAUAGAAACAAAAAUGGUGUACUUUCUUUGGAAAUUACACCGAAAAAGGGUUCUUAAUGUUUGUUGACUUUAAUUCUUAUUUUUUUUUUUCCAAGUUUUUAAAACUUGACCGCUAUCCUCAUGACAACUCCGAUGUUGUCUCUGGGUAUUUUCUAGGAGAUUUCAGGAUAAAUCCAUGGUUGUCAAUUAAUUAAAUUAAUUUUUCUCUUUUUUCUAUAUUAGCCAUUUAUAUAGGUCUGCAAAUUGAAUUUGUUUUUUUCUUCUUUUUUCUUUAAAAAUGCUGGAAUCGAAUUGGUGAUUUUCAUGUAUUUCUCAAGGUUGAGACCAUAAUUGACCCCAGUUUUUCUUUGUCAUGCACUAGUAUUCCUACUUACUGAAUUUUCCCCGGAAAAGCCUGCUUUUUUAGGAAAAUCUUGAUGUAUUGAAGAAAAACCUAAAUCAUUUUCAAACUCAGCGCUAGAAAAUAAUUGAGUAUCUUAUAUCACAUGCCCAGCAUGUUUUUUCUUUGUGCAGACCUGAGUUAUCAGUUAUUCCUCUUAAAGGGCUCAGUAAUUAGCUUGAUUUCUCUAUUGUUUUUAGUUUUUAACUCUUCAAUCUACUUUUCUGUUUUUAUAAUUUUUUAUGCAGUUUACAGACUACAACGUUACUUUAAGACUUCAACGAUAGACCUACCUAGCCUAGUAACUUUGAACUUUUCACUAUUUGAUAUCUUUUACUGUCAUAAAAAGAUAAUUUACGAAGAUUAUUUUCUUCUUAUUAAUUGAAAAAGAGUAUCUUGAUUCUAACAUUACUCUCUCUCUCUUCGAUGAAUUAUACCUGAACUAUCUUUGAAUUGUCCACUCUUGUUUUCUGAACUGCUGUUUGUACUGGCUUUAAAUAGAAUAUACAACUGAGUCAAGAAAAUCAACUUUCUCAUUGCGGAGAAUAUUUAAUAUUAAAUUAUGGACAAUAAGUAUGUUAUUCAUUUGCACAGGUGUCCAUCCAUAGUAAACAACUGCCUUGUAUUUUGCACUUUUUGAAUUCAAUUAAUGAAAGAUAAUUUUUUAUACUAUGACUAGCUAAAGAGCCAAAAAGUCUCUGCGACAAAAGUGAAAGUUGAUCGGUCAUUCACCAAUUGUGUCGAGUGGCAACUUUUUUACAUCGGAAUGUUUUUUUUUAAAUUUUCGGAAACAUCCGUAGAAACCUUCAAAAUAUAUGAAAUAACUAAGCUUAGAUUUUUAAUGGAUUUUAAGCCGAAAGCUUCCUGAGGACCUUAGAUCCUAGGUCCGUUAAAGUUCAAUUUUAGUCCACAAAUUUCUGUGAUUUUCUUCCUCCCAAGUCAUAUUGUAGAAAUUUUUUUAUUUUUUUUACACAAAUGGGAAUAUGUAGCAAGUUUACAUUGCCUCACAACCAGUUAAAUUGAUAUCUAAAACGGAAAGAUUGUGGAUUACAGCUUUAGGUUUUUUUUUUUGAGGAACUUAAUUAAUAUGCAUUUCAAUGCAUAAUGAUUUUGAGUCAUCAAGGCUCCUAGCCUUGAGUGUAGUUUAUUGAGUUCAAGUCACUGUGUCAAAUGAAUGGCGGUCUGCGAAAAUGACUAAUCCAUUUUUUAGGUUUAGUGUUACUAAUGUCAUGCCACGCUCUAUUACACAAGCAUAUGUAACUUGUUUUACCUUUAGUACGUGUGCAGAGAGGCUUUUCAUGAGUUUCAUGACUUAGGCAGCUCAAAAACGCCAAAAAUUUAUUACAGCCGUUUUUCCAGACUGCCAUUCAAGUACAUUGUAAAUUCCUUUUUCCUUGUUUUUCUAGAUUUUUGUGUGUUUCUAAGGUACUGGGGUUCCUCAAAACUAUAUCAAAGAGCAAAUAGGUAAAAUGUUAGUGAAACUUUGUGUUCUAUAGAUUAAGUAGACUGCUUUGAUAAAAUUUCAUAGGUACUUCAUUAUUUCUGAAAGAAGUGGCACUUCAUUUUCAUAUCUAUGUUGGCUUAACCAAACAAAGAAAAUUCAAAAACUUGCCCAUAAAAAAAUCUUUUUCUGAAAAUAUUUACCUUCUAUAAAAUAACUAGAACUCGCAUUAGAUAAGUUGCUGUUGUUAACUUCUGAAUGCAAUAGACAAAUUCAGCAAUAUCUCUUCAUAGGAAGGUAUCAGUUUUUAGUACCUGUGCACUGUGGCAGCAAGUGGAAUUGCUGUUGCAAUUGGUCUAUCCUUGAUUGCCCUUGGUCGGCUGCAGUGCAAUGGCUUGCAAACGGAAAGUGAACAACUAUCUACUUUUCUGACGCAAGUUCUAUCCAAUAGGGCAUCUUAUUCAGUUACUUCUUAGAACUUUUCGUUUCCUCAUGUAGUUAUUUUUUAUUUUGAUGCUGGUAAUAGAUAAGCCUGCAAAAAUAAUAUCUUAGACUGAUUCAAGUGUAUAAAAGCGAAAACUUCCUAUUAUUUUUUCUGUCUCUUCAUAUUUUUGAAUUCUAACUUUCUCAAAAACUGUAAAUUUGUUAAACAAUUUUGUACAUAUGUAAUUUUAUGUACUUAGUGCUCAUAUGUUCUAUCAUUAUCUAUUUAUAUUAUUCUCAAUUUAGUGAAAUUCAGUCAUUUUUUUUUAAAUAGCAAAAUUUUAUUCGUUUUUUGCAGUUUUUCGUAUUCUUUGUUUUCAUUUUUCAGCAAGGGCUUAAGAUUUAAGUGAGGUACAACUAGUUUAAGCUGAUUUCAAAAAACUGUUCAUUUUCCAUUCAUAAUUUUUGAGUACGAUUUGUGAGAUCCUGAAGUGAUUGCUUGCACCUGCCUAUUUCUUCAAGCAAGAUUUUCUGCAAUAUGAACUAAGUAAAUGCUUGAACACUUUUUAAAGCCUUUGGAAUGUCCAUAAAAUGUGAGUGGUGGAGAUACUCCAGUUCCAUAAGGUAUUCCUUUGUUGCCGUCAUUUUUGUGUAAGUCUCUUUAGGCAGAAGCAGGGCAAGUAUUCCAUCAAGUGUUCAGGUCAAAUUAAUGCUUUGUCACAACUUCGAUUCCUAAUUAUCAAGUUCUAUCUAUUUAAUAGAUAAUAACGAUCAGUACUUCCAAUGAAUAUUAUACCUCUACUUUUUCUGUUCUUAAGAACUUCAGGGAACCUAAUCACUAUUUUUUUGGAGAAAAAUUCAUUAACAGUUUUGUCUUUCUCAUCAAAAAUUUCCUUUGUGUGGAAGUAGGUUUGGUUCUUUUCUUAUUUGAUCUUUUAAUGCCAUUGGUAAGACCUCAUGUCUUGAAAAUUGCGAUUAUUAUUUUGAAAAUUGAUGCUGAAGAUUGGUUUUUCUUCAGAUCUCAAAAUGACGUAACACGUGUACACCCUUGGAUACUAGUUUGAUGGUAAAUUGGCAUCGUUAGCCUCUCCUGUUUCAUCCUAUACUCACUCUCUUUUUGAAGCCAGUUGUGUACUUAGUCUGAAGUUCUUUAAUUCAGUGAGGGAUGUACUCAGGCCAGAUAUGAGAAGGAACUAAAUGUGCAUCCCUCACAAUAGCAUCCUAUCAUCUUCAAUAUAAGACCAAAUAACAUGCCAUAGGUUCCUUUACCUUUACCUGUGGGUCCUCAGUAAAAAUCCAUUUUCUCUGAACGAAAUAGUGAAUAGGCUUCACUGCUGUUGUCAGAGACAGACUGCGUGUCUAAUCAUUCCUGUCUUUUUCUGGGAAUUUUUUUGCAUAUGUUUUGACUUGAGUAAUAGUAUGGUUUUUAUCAAUUAACUCCUUUUAUUUUAGGAAGUAAAUUAGCAUGGUAGAACGUUACCUAUAAUUGUACAUAAAAUGCUGUUUGAAUUAUUAAUUCCUCAUAUCAGGGUUUAAAUUAAUUUGUUAUUUUGUUCACAUUUAUUUUUUCUCUGUCAUUGUUAUCUCAUUUAUAAUUCAAUGAGUGUACCUUGUUAUGUAUUUUGUAUACAUGUUUCUUAACUUGUGUGUAUAUAAAAGCCAAAGGUAAAUAAUAAAUUCUUUUCUCUUUCCUCUCUCA